AUGGCAGUGCAACAGGAGCGGCAGGCACAGCCACAGGGGCUGCAGCAGCACCAGGAUCAGCAGGCCGCUCCUCACUCGACCCUCCUGUGCGCAGACACUGGGUUAGACCCUGUGGGCUCCAAGAUGUUCAUCGUGCAGCUCUGGGUGUCAUGGGAUGUAUCCAGACAAUGCUUAACCCAGGCAGCAGCUCUGAGCUUUGGCCGUGGGCUCUAUGCUUCCCUGCUAGGAGCUUCAGGUAAAGCCAGCAUCCCAGGCAAGGGCUUUAACGUGGAGGUAGAUGUAACCAGCCUCAGAGACAGGCCCUUCCGGGGCAACACCUUCAAGGGCCUGGAUCCUUCUCACUCGCUCCCCCUUCUACCUGUUCCCUGGUCCCAUGGCCUCCUGACACUGGCACACCAAGGACCAAGCUUCCGAGUCCAGAGCCCCAGUACACACCCAAACCUGCCCAACCACAGCCUGGCCAGAGGUGACGAGUCUGAAAAGGAUGAAGAAGCAGCCCCUGAUGAACAUCAGGAGUGUCAAAUCCAGCUGCAGGGCCAGCAGCACCAACCUUCCUCCUCCUGGUUUCCUGCAGAACAGUGCUGCCUGCUGUUUUACGUGCGGGUGAUCGGGAGACAACGUGGGGGCGCUGGAGAAGGAAGAGGAGGGGAAGCGGGGCCAGGUACUGGUUUCCAGGGACCGACGGGCGAGCCCACGUGCGGGCGCGGCCCGGGGAGCGUGGCUCUUAGACAGCGGCUAGGAACAGAGACUGAGAUGGGGGUGCGGCGCGGCCCGGCUCUGGGCGGCGCGGGCGGCUCCCGCCUCAGGCCGCAGGGGGACGCAUCCUGUGCCGAUCAGGGUCCUGGGGGCUCCUCGUCGGCCCAGAAGCAGGGCCAGCCCUGGAGGAGCCCAGAGGAAGCUGGCACAGCCAGCGCCCCAGGGCUCUCCUCCCAGGCGUGGGCUCUGUUCAAAGGAAAAUUCCGGGAAGGCAUUGACAAGCCGGAUCCUCCUACCUGGAAGACACGCCUGAGGUGUGCUUUGAACAAGAGCAACGACUUUGAGGAGCUGGUGGAGAGGAGCCAGCUGGACAUCUCGGACCCAUACAAAGUGUACCGCAUUGUCCCAGAGGGGGCCAAGAAAGGCGCCAAGCAGCUUGCCCUGGAGGACCCUCAGAUGACCAUCGGCCAUGCCUACUCCAUGACGACACCCUACACCCCUCUCCCAGCCCAGCAGGUCCAUAACUACAUGAUGCCGCCCCACGACCGAAGCUGGAGGGAAUACGUCCCUGAGCAGCCACACCCAGAAAUCCCAUAUCAGUGCCCCAUGCCAUUUGGUCCCCGCAACCACCACUGGCAAGGCCCAGCUUGUGAAAAUGGUUGCCAGGUGACAGGAACCUUUUAUGCUUGUGCCCCACCCGAGUCCCAGGCUCCUGGAAUCCCCAUUGAGCCAAGCAUAAGGUCUGCUGAAGCCUUAGCUCUCUCAGACUGCCGGCUGCACAUCUGCUUGUACUACCGGGAGAUUCUGGUGAAGGAGCUGACCACGACCAGCCCUGAAGGCUGCCGGAUCUCCCACGGACACACCUACGAUGCCAGCAACCUGGACCCGGUCCUGUUCCCCUACCCGGAGGACAAUGGACAAAGGAAGAACAUCGAGAAGCUGCUGAGUCACCUGGAGAGGGGCGUGGUCCUGUGGAUGGCCCCAGACGGGCUCUAUGCCAAGAGACUGUGCCAGAGCCGGAUCUACUGGGACGGGCCCCUGGCUCUGUGCAGCGACCGGCCCAACAAGCUGGAGAGAGACCAGAUCUGCAAGCUCUUCGAUACGCAGCAGUUUCUGUCAGAGCUGCAGGCCUUCGCUCACCAUGGCCGGCCCCUGCCUCGCUUCCAGGUGACUCUGUGCUUCGGGGAGGAGUUUCCAGACCCUCAGAGGCAGAGGAAGCUCAUCACGGCCCAUGUGGAGCCCCUGCUAGCCAGGCAGCUGUAUUAUUUUGCUCAACAAAACAGUGGACAUUUCCUGCGGGGCUAUGAUUUACCUGAGCACAUCAGCAGUCCCGAGGACUACCACAGAUCCAUCCGACACUCCUCCAUCCCAGAGUGAAAACCGUCAAGACAAAAGACAUUUUUAAUUGUAAGUAUUUCACUUUGACAAAGACGGUCAGUGGACUGCCCUCUCUCUUAGCUCCAGAGCUCACAGCAAGGAUGGGUGUAGAAAAUCAGCUGCCGUUGAUGGAAAGAUGAGCUUAUUACAGAAGGAACUGUAGUCUUCAGGUCUGACAAGCAGACCAUUCCACUGCUCCACAGACCACCUUUCAUACCAUGAAACUCACCAAGCCACAUUUUUUUCAUUCACUUAAAUAGAAGCCAGAAUAUGGUUCUCUUUUAAAGACUGAGAAAACUUGUGUUUUGGCAAAAACUGAAGUAUUGUAUCAUUUCUCAGGGAAACAAAAUCUAAAUUGCAGACCACACUGCACAUCCAAAAGAACUAUAUUCGUGUUUUAGGAGCUGUAGUUCAUGUGGAAAUACUGCUGAGGGAUAGAAGUUGAAUCACCUGCCCCAGAUCUCUGUGGAGUCAACCCCUGCACCCCGUUUCCUCUCCUUGGCCUGCCCUGGAAGCCAGUUGGUGAACACUGUUGUCAUUUUCUUCAGCCAAAAAACCUUAGGCCCACUUUCAGAUAGGAAUAAUUUGUUUGGUUCUUGUUUCUCAUUCUGUAGAAAUUAUUACUAAGACUUUUUUCUUAAAGAAGAAGAAGGAAAAAAAAUCAACAAUCCCAGUACUAAAGACCCAUUUUUAAAGCAUGGUGACAUUUCCCCUCCUCUGUUUGUUGUGUUGGGGUAUUGGUAGUAUCCAUGGCAACACUAGGAGGCAGAGCUGGGGCUCAAGUUGGUGAGCCCAUUGGAAGACCCAGGCAGGCUUCUGCGCGUUGUGUAACUGCACACUCAGGGGCUGUUUCUGCUUAUUUUGUAUAUUAGAUGCUUCCUCGUGCCAGUAAUAGUUUGGCAGGGCCUUAAAACUACUGGACUUUUGCCAAAUCUAUUUUUUAAUGAAAUCCCAGAGAUCCCCACUUGCCUGGACUCACCCGACCGCUACCCUUCCGUGUCGUAGGCAAAUAGGUGUCCUGUACUGCAUUAUUUUUCUCCUACUACAAAAUGACUGACAUUACUUCCAGGCUCAGCAAAAGAGUUGAUAGUUCCCAAACAUGUGGCUUUCUUAUACUAAGCUUUAUUCUUUGAUUUAUUCAGCAGGCACUUAGUAAAUGCCAUUGUACACCUCACAUUACCCAAGUUACAGCCUUUAUCAAGUAUAGUAAGCAGUGAAGCCCUGGAAUGUCAUUUUUAUUUUUAAAAAAGGAUCUUUAAAUACUAAAAUACUGCAUAUUGACUGUAAAAAAUGUAAGCAAUCUGGAAGAGAAAGAAAUAAGAGGCAGCUAUUUUUCUCCAACACAAAUCCUCUGCCUCGAAGUGCCCACAGAGGGUUUAGCUUUGCCUGCCAGCACGCACUUACCUCACCCUUCUAGAGGCCUGCGGAGCCCUGCCACACUGCACCAGGGGUGACGCGGCUCAUCCACCAUGCAGCAUGGGCACCUCUGGGAAGCCAACGUGUCCCAUGAAUACUGUAAUUUAUACAUCUUAUAGAUGCAGAGUAUUUGGGGGUAUAUUAUCCUAUGGGAAGGUGAAGGUAAAAUUAGGAGCUGCUGUUUCCCAGGCCCCCAUCCAUCGUCUGGCUCACUUGAGAGUAUUUAAUCAAGUGCCAGCAUUUCACCAAAGCUCUCCUCCAGGACCUGUCCCUCCAGACCCUCUAAGUCUUCAUUAUCCAAAUGAUGCCUGAUUUUUAAUGCUGUGUGAUUUUUUAUAAAAUAUUUGCUGCUUUUACAGUUAAUCCACAUUUUUUCUGAAAAAUUCUUGUUGGUUUGGGCUAUGGUCUCUGACCGCAUCUUCAUACCCACAUAUGUGGACUGUUUUAAUCCUGAGGGAUGUAUAGGAGGUGAACAAUGAAGGGUCAGGUGAAGAAUCCUGACAGUGGUCUUAGGAGUUAGAAAAGGAGUCAUUUCCUCAUUCGUCAUCUCAUAUGAUGUGCACACUAGCAUUUAGUUUGUAUUAAAUGGAAGAUGCUGUCGAGGGUUUGAGUAUUGUUAUUCUCAAAAGCUCUGGGUCACAGGGGAGGAAUUGUACAAGCCUCACAGAAGCAUGGUCUUGGAUUUUUGUUGCUCUUGGGAUUUCAUAUGUCUAGUGAAACUCUGGGCAGUAACUGAUGUCUUCUGGACCACUGGAGAGAUCAGGUGACCGACUUGUUUAGAGCUGAAUCCUUGAAACUCCCCAUCCUAAACAGAACAGAAUGGACACCUAUAUGGAAUCCAGCUGGUCAGUGGGUUUGAGCUAGAGAGAGGUUCUGUAUUGUGAGAAGGAAUGUAAGCUGCAAAGGACUAGCAACACUGGUGAUGUGGUCAUCACCCAGGCACAGGAGGGCCAUGUCCAUAAGACUGAGCUCAAGGCCAUAGGUGAACCUCAUCUAUUCCUUGGUGUCUGUUGCUGACCAGUGUGAUGUGGGAAUGCAGCAAAGGUCAAUUAUCCUGGUGUUUAUUUUCACUGCUUUGGGGAACAUGCCCAUAAAUCAUAGUUGAAGUGGAAGAGAGGGGAGAUGUGGAGGAGAAAACAAGAGAAAGACCAACAGGUCACUCCUCCAGUGGGCACUCCUUUUUUGCUUCAGAUUCUUUGCAGUAAAAAAACCUUACAGGUCAUGGGGUCCAUUUCUCCCUCCUCCUCUGCCCUGUGCCCCUGUGCUGAGAGAACUGCUGGUGGGUAGAACCCUGGCUGGCCCAGUGUUUUGAGGGUCCUGCCACGUUGUUGAGACCUGGCAGAACAUUCUGGAAAGUCUCCACACAUCAUGGAUUAUGAUGUAAAUUUCAAUUUCAAA